UCUCUCUCCUCUCUCUCUCUCCUCUCCUCUCUCUCUCUCUCUCUCUCUCUCUCUCUCUCUCUAGAAACUCAGUUCUUCUCCAUAGCUCUCUGCAAGUGCAAUGCAAAACCGAUUCAAGCUCAAGCUCUCAAACAUGUUCCGAUCCUCAUUCGGCUCCUGCAGGACCCGAAACUUAUCGGACGUGAUCGAAAAAGCCGUGUGCUUGCCUGAGAACCAGCAAGACUUGCAUGUUGCCGAGCCGCCGCCUAAGCAGUUGCCUCCUCGACAGUUUCCUUCCAUUUGCAGACCCAAAUGCUCCGACUCAAAUCAAUCAAUUAUCUCUAUCAAAGACGCCAUGCUCCCAAGACGCAAGAUUUUCGAAAAGUACUCUCCUUUUGUAAAACCCUUUAAUCCCGACGGCCACACAUGCCCUCCAGCCUCGCCAAACUCGCCGCCGUUAAACCCCUUCUACAACCUCCAUGAGAACAACUCGAAACAAAGAAAAACAAGAGUCAAGAAAAAGAAGAAGAAGACGAGGAAUUCAAAGAAGAACAAAACCAACGAUGAUUUUUUCCCGUUUAGUUCUUCAUCUUUCGAUAGUAACAACUACAGAGGAUGGUGGUCGAGCAGCGAUGACGAGACUGACACACUGUUUUCUUCAAAGAGCCACUCUUCCGACUCCUCCGGGCCCCGCUUGCGCGGUCGCUCACGGCGAAACGGGAGCAGCGGCAGCCGGAGAAGAGCGAGUUCCGACGUGGGUCUGCUUCCGUUGCAAGGAAGAGUGAAGGACUGCUUUGCGGUGGUGAAGAAGUCGAGCGAUCCGUACAACGACUUCAGGACAUCAAUGGUGGAGAUGAUCUUCGAGAAGCAGAUAUUUUCGGCGAAGGAUCUCGAACAGCUUCUGCAGUGUUUUCUGUCUUUGAAUUCCACACAUCAUCACGGAGUGAUUACUGAGGUUUUUACUGAGAUUUGGGAAGCUUUGUUUUCCAACGGGGGGUCUUAAUGAUAGAGUUUUCUGUAAUCUGUGUUUUCUAGUGGAUUUAUUAAUAGUUAGAAUCAAACUUUGGGUAACUACAUUGACGGGUUUAGUGGCACUUUUCUUCCGAACGUUGGAAGAUAUCUCAAGUUCGAAUCUCACUAUUCAGUCGAUUCCUAAAGAGAACUACAUUGAUGGGUUAUUAUCUCUUUAGCCUCAGUUAUGUGAUCUCUAUGUAUUUUAAUUCCUUUGUCUUUCUUAGUAAAAGUAUAUUUUGAUUUUUUCUA